AUGGACAGCAAUGGUACGCAUGCCAAGGACAAGAGGGCCGACAGCGACGCCAAGUCCAAGGACAAUACUCCAAGCGCCGCCAAUACGCCCACCGAUACCAAUAAGAGCCCUAGGAAGAGGCGCAAGGUGAAUCAUGCCUGCGUAUACUGCCGCCGAUCUCAUAUGACGUGUGAUCUCCCCAAGACCUCUAAUCAUGCAGCUGCACGUGACGAAUCAGACGGCCAGACUGAGUUGUCGCGGAAUUCGAUAGAUCGAGGUACCAAUGCGAUGGUACCGCCUUCGUUCGAUUCCAGCAGGCCGUCUCAGGGGACCAAGCCAGGUUUUGGCCCGCUUGGCCAAGGCAACCCUCUCCAGCUUGUGUCACCGAGCCCGGUCUCAGGUGGGCAGGCCUCCGUGGCCGGUUUCUCUGAUGCAUGGCUAACGGCACAAAAUCAAUUCCACGACAUGCAUCACUUCAACCCCCAGUAUAUGCUUCCCCAAGAAGUCACUCAUGAGUUCAACCUGCUCAACGACUUCCUGAACACGAGUUUGCUGGAUGAAAAUGGGACUUUGACGGACGAGCAGAGUAUAUACAGGAACCAGUCGCAGUCUGGCCAGGUGGACAUGGUAGGCUUUCUAGGUAACCCCCUACCACCUAGUGCGAUGGAGGCGGGAUCCAUGCUUCCUCCAAAUUCGGAGCGAAAUGCGAUUCCCAGACCGAGAAGCGCCGCGCCGCCAGACAAGACACGGGAAUUCUAUCUUCAAGCUGCAGAUCCGUCUGGGAAUGACACGCCGGAAGCACGUAUGCAACGAGUACUGAAGGCCAAGUACGAUGCGGGCCUACUCAAACCCUUCAACUACAUCAAGGGAUAUGCACGGCUUUCCAGUUACAUGGAUGGCCAUAUUGCACCGGCGUCGAAACAGAAGAUUUUACGGCAACUGGACCGCUUCCGUCCGAAAUUUCGCGAGAAGAUGCAAGGACUUACGGAUAUGGAGCUUGUUUACGUCGAGAUGUGGUUUGAAAGAUCGCUUAUGGAAUACGACCGUGUCUUUGCAUCGAUGGCUGUCCCCGCGUGCUGCUGGAGGAGAUCCGGAGAGAUAUUUAGAGGCAACAAGGAGAUGGCGGAGCUCAUUCAUGUGCCUGUGGAGCGGUUACGAGACGGCAAAUUAUCUAUACACGAAGUCAUGACGGAAGAGUCGCUCGUCCGGUACUGGGAGGAGUUCGGUACCAUCGCCUUUGACCCAGCACACGAUACGCUCCUGACGGCGUGCGCGCUGAAGAACCCCGACGACCGCUCUAACGACCCCACUGUCAAUUGUUGCUUCUCAUUUAUGAUACGCAGAGAUGACCAUAAGAUUCGGCUUCGUAGCCUGUGUCUCGACAAAGUCACCGAUUCAACGCUUGUUGAUCUGAACAAGGGGGCAGAAGACCGAAUACAAUCUCUCAAGACUCACAGCCCUCGAUCCCUACACGCCGAGCAACAUACUCAACUAAAAACAGCCAGCCUCAAGCUAUGGAAUUGGUGCACGCAGGAAUUGCGCCGUGGGGAUGACAAUACACCACCUCAAAGACCCAAAUUCCUGACCCUGGUCCGAGUGCUCUCCUUGUCGAUGCUAGACCUAGCGCAACGAGACGGCGACAACUGCACCAAAACCAUCACCCAUCUAGAGCGACUUGCUAUAAAGACUAGCCGAUCGUGCAUUGCCAGCAAUGAACUUGAAUAUGCUCUCUGGACACUGCAGAAAGCCGUCGAAUAUAACGGACUGCUGCAGCGUAUGCAGGGCUCGCCAUCGGAAGAGCCACGUACAUGCAGCCAGUUCGAGGCCGAAUACAGCACGCUCCGUAUUGUGCUGGCCUGGAAGGAGGACCGGAUGGACGUGGCCGAGCAUCUGUAUGCCAGCGUCGCAGGCAUAAUGACAAAAGUCGAUACUGCAUCAGCUGAGCAACUUGCAGACGCUCUUUUUGAAAUAGGGAGGGAUUUGAAUCUGAAGAAAAACUCCGUUCUAGCGGCCAAAUGGUUGGAGAGGGCUCUGGAACUCAUCAAUUCCCAAGAAAUGAGCCAGUUGUCCCGGGAUGCCAUUGAAUUGAAACUUGCAAUCUCACAAGCACUGAUCCAAGCCUAUUUAGAUGUCGGGUCCCCAGAUUACAUAAACCGCGCUGAGAACCAUAUCGCAUACCUUGAAGAUGGGUUGGGUGACAAGCUCGUCGUCCUCCUCUUUCGAACUGAGGUUCUGCUCCGUUCUCCAGCCGAAACUUUCGACAGCAAGGCAUACGCUAGUAUUCUGCACCGAAUGAUGAAAGCUGCUGACAUCUCCGAAUCAUCUUUCAAGCUGAUUAUGCACCAUAUACGAAAACUUGAUGAGAAGGACAACAUCGCCUUGAGACAAGAGGAUGUCGACAGUGCAUUGAGAUGUCUAGAACAGAUCAGCGCAGUAUCUUCUUCGGAUCCUAACUACUUGUAUGCAUGUUGUUUGGAAGCUCAACAAGCACAAGAUAGGAUUACUACAAUCAAAGCACUGCAGCUCAUUGUUGACAAGGACCAACUCCGUUCUUCAAACGCUAUUCACCUCCCAGCACUAUUACGAACGCUCAUACGCCUCGAAAUAUCAGUUCUCAAUGAAGAGCAAAAAGUUGAUACCGAUACCGUUACAUUGGCCACAGAUAUCUGUAAUAUUUUCAAGGCCGCUGCCCAGGCGAUAGAAACAGAGCGUCGAGAUAUUAAGAGCGAAAAACUAUUUACCAUCGACGAGUUGAACUGGUUCAGCAAAAAUGCUUACAAUCUUGGACUGGAAAAUGCAUUGACAUGGGAAGCGCGUUAUGUCAUUGUCAUCUUAGAAUGUUGCCUCUCAAUUAUAUCGAGCUAUCCGUCAGACAUCUCGUCUCAAAUGGCGGCUGAUAUUUCAUUGCGCGGCAUGUUCUGCGAUUUCAUGAUAGCUACAAUGCUCCUCGCGUUAGCCCGUUCUGAGGAUAACACUGAGCAACGGCUACAAGACUACCUAAAUAUGCGCCGCCACAUACUGCACUUUCGCGAAGAAUUAGAAUCAAGAUCGGAUGCCCUAGAUCAAGCUUCACGAGAAGAUCUUCAAACGAAGCUUUCAACGCUCUUGGAUGACUUGAAAGGCAUUGUCCUUACAGCUCAACCGGGACGAAAUCCCUUGACUUACCAAGCAAUGGCAGACUGCAUCUUAAGAUGCCAACUUGUUCCAAACCAGGUCUUGUAUCAGACGAUGCGUGAGAUUAUCGAUCAGACCUGGAAGCUAGAGCACUUUGGCUAUGAAAAGCUAGCUAAGUAUAUGCGGUGUCUGCUCAAAGCCACCCUCCCAAUGGAACACCAUAUUCCUUUGAAUCUAAUGGGCGAGAUCUCCAAUAUGGCCAAAGAACUAGCAAACAUGAAUAAGGAGUUCCCACCUCUCGAACUAGAAUGGAUUACCGUUACGGCUUUCAAUCAUGGUGUUGACUUAUAUGGUGCCCAUGAAGACGACUUGAGCAAAGCCUGGAUCUCCCACGCGCUAACUAUUGCUCAUUAUCUUAGAGACGAUAAUGAAUUAGAAAAGCAGCUACAAGACAGAUACACGAAACUCAAGUGGGACGAGGCUCAACCCACCAAUUAG